AUUUUUCAAGAAAAAAUGAUUUGUUACUUGGACUGAGAUAGCAUUCCUACCCCUUACCCUCUCGAAACUACAGGAUAAUUCUACAAUUUUUUAUAAAUCUCUUUUGGAAAAGAUUUUCCCUAUAUAUAGUGCGUUUUGCGCUAUCUAAAACUAUUUCUGAGUUGAAUUCUUUCGUGCUUCAUCUCGGUUUCGUCACGCGAGUUUUAAAAGUUUCGAAUUAUUUUACGCGAAUAAAGAUGCGAAAAAUGGGCAGUGAAGUGAUUAAAAGAAGCAUAAAGUUAGCAUCGAUGUUGGAUAUUCGCAUAAACGCGGAGAAAUUUUUAACUCAAAUAUCUAACGUUUCGCUUGAUGCCAACUAUCUGCUUUUCACACGUCUUUCAUGCGAAUGUUCUGAUACAAUAUUGGGAGUAUUGUAUCAGCUAGGAUAUUUUGGUACCGACGCGCGUUUACUCCGGAUUGCCGGAGAAAUAAUUGAAACGCGACGUGCGGUUGGACACGAGGAGGAGGAUGUGGGUGGACACAUCCAAAAUCUCCUCUCUCACCUCCACAAUGUAAGAAAUGCACGUCAAAGAAUCACUGCGGUGGUGAAUCCGCUCACGCAAAUUCGAAGGCGACGCGCGAAGGAUGAGAUAGAAGCAGGUCCAGCACGAAGGGCACGUAUUGAACUUACGCAGGAAUUAGAGGAGGAGGCGCCAGAAAUUAUUCAGCUCUCAUCUGAUACGGAAGUAAGUACCCCCAUCAGCGAGUGUUUUCACCCGAAUACGACCAUAUGUACUCCCCCGUAGUCCCGGGAGAGAGAAUUUGGAGCGAUGAAAAAGGGGAAGAAGAAGAAGAAGA